UUCACAAAACUCUUCCCGUCAUCACCUUAUCCAAAAGCUACGAGCUUCUCAAAGAAGGGGAAGAAUUUGAAGUUACAUGUAUAAUCAUGGAUGUGGAUAGCAGCGUACAAGCUAGUUGGGUUUUUCACAGAAGUGGGAUUGUUACAAGCAAAAGCAGAAAUUUGGGUGAUUAUGGAUACGAAAGGAAAUUAACAUUGAGCAUCCGUUCAGUGGGAGUUAAUGAUUCUGGAGAAUUCACGUGCCAAGCAGAAAACCCUUUUGGAAAAACCAAUGCCACAGUAACCUUGAAAGCACUAGCUAAAGGAUUUGUCCGUUUGUUUGCGACAAUGAAUACCACAAUAGAUAUAAAUGCGGGACAAAAUGGAAAUCUAACAGUUGAAUAUGAGGCGUAUCCAAAACCGAAGGAAGAAGUCUGGAUGUAUAUGAACGAAACAUUACAGAAUUCAUCGGACCAUUAUGUCAAGUUCAAGACUGUGAGCAAUAACAGUUAUACAAGUGAACUUCACCUUACCCGAUUAAAAGGAACAGAAGGAGGCAUUUACACAUUUUUUGUGUCCAAUUCCGAUGCCAGCUCCUCUGUAACAUUUAAUGUCUAUGUGAAAACAAAACCGGAGAUUCUCACUCUGGAUAUACUCAGCAAUGGUGUUCUCCAGUGUGUAGCAGCUGGAUUUCCAGCCCCUACCAUAUACUGGUAUUUUUGCCCAGGAACUGAGCAAAGGUGUUUUGAUUCACCGACAAUAUCCCCCAUGGAUGUCAAAAUCAGCUACACAAACUCCUCGGUGCCGUCAUUUGAACGAAUCCUGGUGGAAAGCACCAUUAACGCCAGCAUGUUCCGGAGCACCGGCACCGUGUGCUGCGAGGCCUCCAGCAACGGGGACAAGAGCUCUGCUUUCUUCAACUUUGCUAUUAAAGAACAAAUCCGUACCCAUACCCUUUUCACCCCUUUACUAAUUGCAUUUGGAGUUGCUGCAGGACUGAUGUGCAUCAUAGUCAUGAUCCUGUUGUACAUAUAUCUGCAGAAACCCAAAUACGAAGUUCAGUGGAAAGUUGUUGAAGAAAUAAAUGGAAACAACUAUGUUUACAUAGACCCGACACAACUUCCUUAUGAUCACAAAUGGGAAUUUCCUAGAAACCGGUUGAGUUUUGGUAAAACCCUUGGUGCUGGAGCUUUUGGAAAAGUUGUUGAAGCCACUGCUUAUGGUCUGUUUAAAUCUGAUGCUGCUAUGACAGUAGCAGUAAAGAUGUUGAAACCAAGUGCCCAUUUAACAGAAAGAGAAGCCUUGAUGUCAGAGCUUAAAGUGCUGAGUUACCUUGGAAACCACAUUAAUAUUGUGAAUCUGCUUGGAGCUUGCACUAUUGGAGGUCCCACUCUGGUCAUUACUGAAUAUUGCUGCUACGGUGAUCUUUUAAAUUUUCUGAGACGGAAACGAGACUCAUUUAUUUGUCCAAAGCAUGAAGAACAUGCAGAAACAGCAGUUUACGAGAACAUUAUGCAUCAGGCAGAGCCUGCGGCUGAUGUUGCCAAUGAGUACAUGGACAUGAAACCAGGGGUGUCAUAUGCAGUUCCACCAAAAGCUGAUAAAAAACGACCAGUGAAGUCUGGAUCCUACACUGAUCAGGAUGUUACCCUUUCUAUGUUGGAAGAUGAUGAACUUGCUCUAGAUGUUGAAGACCUCCUAAGCUUUUCUUACCAGGUGGCAAAGGGCAUGAGCUUUCUUGCCUCCAAAAAUUGCAUUCAUAGGGAUCUAGCCGCAAGAAAUAUUCUUCUAACUCAUGGUCGGAUAACAAAAAUCUGUGACUUUGGCCUGGCAAGAGAUAUAAGGAACGACUCAAAUUAUGUGGUGAAAGGAAAUGCUCGUCUUCCUGUGAAGUGGAUGGCACCUGAAAGUAUUUUCAAUUGCGUCUACACCUUUGAGAGUGAUGUCUGGUCUUACGGGAUAUUGCUCUGGGAGCUCUUUUCUUUAGGAAGCAGCCCAUAUCCAGGGAUGCCCGUGGACUCCAAGUUCUAUAAAAUGAUCAAGGAGGGAUACAGGAUGUUCAGCCCUGAGUGUGCACCGCCUGAAAUGUAUGACAUAAUGAAGAGUUGCUGGGAUGCUGAUCCUUUGCAGAGACCCACAUUUAAACAAAUUGUACAGCUGAUAGAGCAGCAGCUUUCAGAUAAUGCCCCCCGGGUUUAUGCGAACUUCUCAACUCCUCCUUCCAGUCAAGGAAACGCUCCCGAUCACUCGGUGAGGAUUAACUCGGUGGGUAGCAGUGCUUCAUCUACUCAGCCUCUCCUGGUACGCGAAGAUGUUUGAGUGGCAUCUGUAAGAAGAGGAGCCCAGGUGUAUUAGCUGUUUUGUAUUGUGCAGGGGGUGAGAGAGGGACAACUUCAAUAAUUUCUCUUACUUUUACUCACUACUACCACUGUGUAGCUGAAACGUUGUUGUAAUACUGUCCUUUACCACACACUGUUACACAUAGUCUGCUGAGCACGGUUACAGGCAUCAUUGCAAUGUUAACUGAAGCUGUAUAUAUUUUGCUGUGUUGUGUGUAUUUGCAGUAGAGAGCCAGAUCUGAAGAAAAAAAAAAAACAAAACAACACCCAACAAAAGAAAUCCUGAACCAGGGUGUGGAAUGAGAUGACUGCAGAUAAAACCAAAUCUGCAGUGAUAUUUCUCUGGAUCCGUGCCUGGAAGGCAUACAGUCAUUUUCUAAUUAAUCUUGUUUUGCUGAAUUUAAGAAAUAAAUGAAUA